AUGCCCAUUGCUCCUUCUGUAUGCGGUUUGGUGCUUCUCGGUUUCUCCAGUUACUUGCUCUACUCGCUGAACACAACCUUAACUGAUUUCAGACCACAAGAGUACGGUGUGGUUGUCGGAUUCUUGGUUAUUGGUUUCGUCAUUUGUUUCCUCGGAUUCCUCGGUUGCUGUGGUGCUUGGAAGGAAAAUGUUUGCAUGUUGACUGGGUUUGCUGUCAUUGUCGGACUGAUACUUACACUUGAAAUUAUUGUCGUGGUACUCGGAUUCGUCUACAGAGAUCAGUUCAUGUGUUGUGGUGUAGAUGGCCCUGCCGACUAUGAAAAGCGUCCAGAGAGUUGUGCGAACUAUGAGACCGGGUGUCAGAAAACGCUUGAGGACUUUAUGAUGAAAUAUUCGACUGUACUGUUUAUCGCGGCAAUCGUUGUAGCACUUCUUCAGUUGGCUGCCAUAGUCGUUGCUUGCUGUCUUCGCUCUAGCAUCCGAGCCUACCAGUCUGUCUAA